AUAUUUAUAUGCACAGACCAAGACAUCUCCAUUCAUUGCAUUGCAAGCCAUGGCAUCCCAUCUCGUGGUAACUUCCAGGCUUACUGCUACCUCCUCCUUCUUCUUCUUCUUCUUCUUGUGUCUCGUCGCUCGCCACCACUUAGAAGCUGCGGAGUACACGGUCGGCGACGCCGACGGAUGGGACACCGGCAUCAACUACCUCCUCUGGUCCAAUAAGUACAACUUCACCGUCGGCGACGUGUUAGUGUUCAAGUACGUGCAGGUGCAGCACAACGUGUACCAGGUGACGGAGGAGACGUACCGUUCAUGUGACUCGAGCACCGGCGUGACAAGGACGUACGACAGCGGCGACGACCGCGUGACGUUGGGCGAGGCCACGAGCUACUGGUUCAUAUGCACCAUCAACGGCCACUGCCAGGCCGGAAUGAGGCUCGCCGUUAGCGUGGCGAAGUCGAGCUCGGACGGAGGCGGUGCCACCUCCGCUGCACCGUCGCCGCCGGAGCAGGACAACGGGGCGGCCGGAGGGCGCAUGGGGUGGUGGUGGAAAGCGUGGAUGUUGUGCCUGUCGUUAUGCCUGUUGACUUGGUUGAACUGCUUUUGAAAUGGUGGGUUUGUGUUGGACAUUUGUUAUUCUAAUUAUCCAAUUUAACUGUUGUGUUAAGUUUGAUUAUUAAUUAAUAUUGUUAGUAAUAUUCA